AUGGAGUCGGGAGAUCAGGUGUUGGCAACGACCGAAAAGCCUCCCCUCGAACGGCCGGCCAAGGCGUUCUCUUGUAUUCGCUGCUUCGAGCGCAAGGUGAAAUGCGACAAGCAGCAUCCCUGUUCGAAUUGCUCUAAAUCACAGGUCGAAUGCACCUUCCGAGUACCACCAGCGCCUCGUCGUCGAAAGAAGAGACUCCAGGAGGAUGUCUUACUAGAGCGCUUGAGAAAAUGCGAACUAUUGCUCAAAGCCAAGGGCCUCAGCCUCGAUGAUGGACCGGGUGAACACAAUCCCUCCAGCCUCUCAUCGCCCACAGAUCCAGCAUCAACUGGGGAGCCAGAUUUUGGUGGAUUGCCGUAUAAUCGGUCUGUGCUAUUUCCUGAGCUCCCAGGGAAAAGGAGUGGGCAGCUCUUGAUGGAAGGUUCCAAAUCCCGUUUCGUCGAAAACAAUCUUUGGGCUAGUGUGUCGGGCGAAUUUCAACCCAACGACGCCCUCACAGAGGAAUACUCCGAUGAAGGCGAUUACGGCUCCCCCGAGGGAGAAGGCGCAGAAUUUGUAUUGGGUCAUACGCCGGGCUCCAACAGGGUGUCACAACUACAUCCGCCACCAGAUCAUAUCAUGCUUCUGUGGCAGUCCUAUUUAGACAGCUUCAAUCCUCUGACGAAGCUUGUACAUCAACCCACACUCGAAAAAAGCAUCAUAGAAGCUUCUGCCGACCUGGACAACGUGCCACGGAGUCUCGAAGCCCUGAUGUUUUCAGUGUACAGCGCUGCUGUCUACACUAUGGAAGACGAUGAAUGUAUCAUGAAGUUUGGCGAGGAACGCAAAGUCCUGCUUUCGAGGUACCGAUAUGCCUCCCGGAAAGCUCUUUCCAGAGCCAAGUUCAUGGCGACCUCGGAUCUCCAAGUCCUUGCGGCAUUUGUGAUUUACAUGCUGACUAUGCGAGAAGUAUAUGAUUCCAGAACUGUAUGGGCCUUAGCUGGUGUGGCAAGUAGGAUCGCCCAAGGCAUGGGCCUACACCGUGACGGUACCACCCUUGGAACUCCACCGUUUGAGACUGAAAUGCGUCGGCGCAUCUGGUGGCAAGUCACUACUCUGGAUUUCAGAUCUGGAGAACUCAGCGGGUCUGGACGUUUCAGCGAUUUCGACACGUGGGAUACGAAACCUCCAACCAAUGUCAACGACGUUGAUAUCUGGCCUGGCAUGACAGAGCCACCAGUUCCAAGCCCAAGACCUACCGACAUGAUCGCCUGUCUUCUCCGAACCGAAUUCGGCACAUUCUGGAAACAAAAGAUUACUGCGAAAUCCAAGAUUACUCUGGAGAAUCUGAGGCUUGAUGGACCAUUCAAUUCGACUCUGGAAGAGCGCGAUGCCAAUAUCAACGAGCUGGAAAGCAUUCUCGAGGAAAAAUACCUGAAAUAUUGUGAUCCUUCGAUUCCAGUACAGUUUAUGUGCAUCUUGAUGGGCAGAGGCGCCGUCACGAGUAUGAGACUGAUGGCGCACCACCCAAGGAAAUAUGCCAAUCCUGCAGACGUACCAGAAUCAGAAAGGAAAUACUUGUGGCAACUCAGCUUGAAACUCCUCGAGGGCUACAACUUGGCGCAUUCCACCAAAUAUCUGAGGAAGUUUAUGUGGCACACGAGGAACUUCUUUGGAUGGCAGGCCUUGAUCUACAUUCUGAACGAACUAAAGACAGAAACCAUAGGCGAAAAGGCCGACCAUGCCUGGAACGUCGUAGACGAGGUAUUCUUCCACCAGAGAAACUUUGUCACCGACUACAAACGACCUCUGCACGCUGCGGCAGGCAGCUUGUUGUUAAAAGCGUACAGUGCGCGCGAGGCCGCAUUGCGCGAGAAGACGAACGGGCUCUUACCCAGGACGACACCCGAGUACAUUACUAUUUUACGGGACCAACGCAAGGCCAAUCCCCCGACUGCGCAAAUGUCGACUGCCCAACCGCAGAUGACGUCUACUUCGACAAGUCCGUCGGUCUUUACUUCGCAAACCCCUUCUGAUGCAUGGCAAGGAGGGAGUUCGGCAAUGUAUCAGUCACAGCAACCCCCGCAAGCGGACAGGUACAGCGCUCCGAGAAAAGGCCAGUUGCCCUUGCCGAACUUUAUACCUCCCCAAGUACCUGCGUCGUUUCAAACGCAGCAUAUCCGACCGGAACAAGUCAUGUACGCUUCCGAUCCGUCCCUGGCCAACGAACUCGCACUCGCAGAUAUGCCGAUGGAUUGGGCGUCGUGGGAUCUGAUGAUGCAGGAUUCCUCCUGGGAUCAACCGGGUGGACAAUAG